UAGGUCGUCAGAAAAAGAAGAGGAGAUUAAACUUACAACGUGACAACUAUGACAACUAUGAAUAUCAUACUGAUUUAGAUAACAAUAUUAUUGAAAGUUUUACUUCAGCAGCUUAUCGUUCCUCAGCUACGGAAGAAAAUGAUGAAUUUAAAUGGAGUGACUCAAUUAGUACUUCGCACAAUAAUACAAAUGGUAAAGGUACUUCUAUUAUCGCAAAUUGUGAUCAAUACUUACACGAUGAAUAUUUACAAGAUGUGAAUCAUAAUACAUAUUUUACGUUGGAAAGAUUUGUUAAAGAACAAGAAUUACCAUUAAACAAUAGUUCAAGUUAUUUGAAUGUAGAUAGUGGUACACCACUGAUACGACUAAAUUAUCUUCCAUAA